UGUUCCAAUUCUCCCUCACACAAUCCCCCUUUAUUAGAUAUUCUGAUUCCUCCUACAAUCCUGCAUUCAUUCUCUCCAUCCGCCAUUCAUACCAUUCUUCAUCUUCAUUUCCUCAAUCUCAGGUUCUUCUUUUCCCUUCACAAUUUCAUAUUUUGUUACAUAUAUCUAAUGUUUACAUGUAUCUAUAUUCAUUGUAUGUAUAUCUGUGUUUGAAGCCCACGUUUCCCUGAAUUAUAUGUUUAUUGUUAUGAAUGUGUUCAUGUUGAUUGAUAUAUUCACUUGAUUUACGUGAUCUGUAUGCAUUUGCAUGAAUGUAGCCAACAUGAGCUGAUGUGAAUCAUUUAAUGGUAUGUUGCUACAUUCAGAUGCGGACUAGGUAAGAUGGUCGGGUGGGCGGGUGCACCACUUGAACAAAAAAAAAAUUAGUGUAUUUUAUAGGGUAAAAUCCGGAUCGCACCCGUUGAAAAUUUGGUUAAACCCCUCGUUCGCAAUCACCAUGAAAAUAUUUUCUGGGUCCGCCACUUUGUUGAUAUUUAUUUUGUUUUAAUGUUUUCAGGGAUCGGUUUGUGUUUUAAAGGUUGAAACCGACCUGCAAGCAGCGUUUUCGGUGUUUAUAUUUUGAUGUUCAGUUUUUCACGAUAAUAAUUGCGUAUAAGGUUGAGGAUUGCAAUUGUAUACAAUGAGGACCUCUUGGGCUGAUGCUGUUGAUAAUGCAGCUUCGGGCUCUGACGGUUAUGGGGUUGGCGGGGGAUCCCGUAGACCUGCAUAUGUUCCACCUCAUCUUCGCAACAGGCCACCCACUCCUGAACAAAUGGCUGGUCCGGCUCCAUCAAACAAUGGCCCACAACCUGGUAAUGAUAGGGUAGGAUAUAGUGGACAAACUAGCGGGUCACGGUGGGCUGGUCCUAGGUCAGAUUAUGGUAGACCGGGAUAUGGUACUGGCGGGCGUGGUGGUCGAGGUGGUGGCUGGGGAAGCCGAGGUGGCGGUUGGAGUGGUAGAGAAUCAGAAGCCAACCCGUUUGGUAAUGAUGAGGUGGAUGAACCUGAGGAGAUUUUAUCAGAUCAUGAAAGUAGUGGUAUAAAUUUUGAUGCUUAUGAGGAUAUUCCUGUGGAGACUAGUGGUGUUAACGUGCCACCUCCGGUUAAUACAUUUGCUGAAAUAGAUUUAGGGGAAGCUCUAAAUCUUAACAUUAGGAGGUGCAAAUAUGUCAAACCAACACCCGUGCAACGUUAUACGAUUCCCAUUUCGCUUGCGGGUCGAGAUUUGAUGGCAUGUGCUCAAACCGGGUCUGGGAAGACAGCGGCCUUUUGUUUUCCCAUAAUCAGUGGAAUAAUGACGGCGCAAGCUGUACAAAGGCCACAUGGUUUUAGGACAGUUUUUCCGCUUGCGUUAAUAUUGUCUCCUACAAGGGAGCUCUCUUGUCAGAUACACAUGGAAGCUCGAAAGUUUGCUUACCAAACAGGUGUGAAGGUGGUGGUUGUUUAUGGAGGAGCACCGAUUAAUCAACAGUUACGAGAGCUUGAGAGAGGAGUUGAUAUCCUUGUUGCAACUCCUGGAAGAUUAGUUGAUCUACUGGAAAGGGCAAAAGUGUCAUUGCAAAUGAUUAGGUAUUUAGCUCUUGACGAGGCCGAUCGUAUGUUGGAUAUGGGAUUUGAACCUCAAAUAAGGAAGAUUGUGGAACAAACAGACAUGCCUCCACCAGGUGGCAGACAAACAAUGUUGUUCAGUGCUACAUUUCCUAGAGAAAUCCAGAGACUUGCAUCUGAUUUUCUUUCAAAUUACAUAUUUCUGACUGUGGGACGGGUUGGUUCAAGUACCGAUUUAAUUGUCCAGAGGGUGGAAUUUGUUCAAGAAACCGACAAAAGAAGCCAUCUAAUGGACCUUCUUCAUGCACAAAAGGAUAAUGGAUCAGGAAAGCAACCUCUUACCCUAGUGUUUGUUGAAACAAAGAAGGGAGCCGAUUCACUUGAAUAUUGGCUAUGUGGUAAUGGUUUUCCUGCUACUACAAUCCACGGUGACAGAACACAGCCGGAACGGGAGCUGGCUUUGAGGUCAUUUAAAAGCGGAAAGACUCCAAUUCUUGUUGCCACUGAUGUGGCGGCUCGCGGUCUUGAUAUCCCUCAUGUUUCUCACGUGGUUAACUUUGACCUCCCUAACGACAUUGAUGAUUACGUGCACCGAAUAGGGCGGACAGGGCGAGCUGGCAAGACAGGAUUGGCUACAGCCUUCUUCAAUGAGAACAAUAUGUCACUAGCAAAACCACUAGCUGACCUGAUGCAAGAGGCUAAUCAAGAAGUACCACAAUGGCUCACUCGAUAUGCCAGCUGGGCAGCUUAUGGUGGUAAGAACAGGCGCUCCGGAGGUAGGUUUGGUGGCCGUGACUACCGAAAGGAGAACUCCAACCGAGCUAGUGGUGGCGGCAUGGAUUACUACGGCGGUGGAGGCGGAUAUGGUGGCUAUGGUGCGCCUGGUGCACCCAGUGCAUGGGAUUAGACUAACUUCUAAGCUAAAUAUGUAACCUUUUUUCCCCUCAGGGAUAAAGAAUUACGAUGUGGUUUAGUUGGCUGAUAAUUAUAUGACGCCAUCUCUACGAUCAAAACAUAAAUUCACAAGAAACAAUGGCAUAAUCAAAAGGAAUGCUUUACUGACUUGUAGAAGUAAAAUUGACAACUAAGAACAGAAAUUGAAACAUGUAAACAAACUGAA